CACGACUCGGCGUGACUCAGUACGAAACGACAACUCUCAGCAACCGGUUCGGUGCGACAUUCCCGGUGCUCGUUUGGCUCAUUUUUUCGUUUCCCAGCGGUAAGCGACAACUCGUCCCUUCUCCAGCAUAGGAGAUUCAAUAGGUUCAAUACGGAGCAGGGUCCCGGCGGCACACCGGAAAUGCGCAUUAUAAAAUUCAUGCUACCCACCGGAUUCGUGUACUUAGCCCGAAAUUUCACAGUUACAGCAGCGAUGAGCGGAAACAAGGAUUACAAAUCGGCCACGUCGAUUUACGACUUCACGGCAAACUCCAUCAAGGGAGAGGAAGUCCCUUUGUCCAAAUAUGCAGGCCACGUGUGCUUGAUCGUAAACGUCGCCUCGAAAUGCGGCCUCACAGCGACGAAUUACAAAGAACUAAACGAACUGUACGACGAGUAUGCCGAGUCUAAAGGAUUACGAAUUCUAGCGUUCCCUUGUAACCAAUUCAAUGGGCAAGAACCGGGAAACAGCGACGAGAUUUGCAGUUUUGCCGAUCGCCAGAAAGUAAAAUUCGACUUGUUCGAGAAAAUUGACGUGAACGGAGAUAAUACGCAUCCCCUUUGGGCAUAUCUGAAGAAGGAGAAAGGUGGCAUAUUGGGUAACUUCAUAAAAUGGAACUUCACCAAGUUCAUCGUGGAUAAAGAGGGCAAGGUUGUCGAACGACACGGUCCUAAUGUGAAUCCCAGCAGCCUGAAGAGCUCUCUUGAAAAAUAUUUUUAAAUCGUCUAUUUUCGUGUAGUAUAUUUUCUAUACGAUAGAUAUUCUUUGCAGUUUACAUUAAUAAAUCUUGAAAUUUUUACAUAGUAUACUUAUGGAUUUGGUCGAUUUUACGGUAGCUCCGCACAUAUAUAUUUUUAUACUUAAUAUAUUAAAGGGAAACUUUUUCCCUUCUCUUUUAUUAUGUGCGUUACAAUAAAUUAUUUUUUUUAAUGUUCUUAAUGUAACGUAGUGUAUAUACCUUACAUUUCAUAAUGACAUUGUAUAAUUAUAACUUUCUCAAAUAACUGGAAAUCAAUAUUACGUAUUUACAUAUUUUUCAUCUUUAUAUAUCCACAAAAUUUAGCUCUGCUUCUCUGUACAUUACUGAAAUUAUUAUUAAUAUUAUUAAUUUGGUUUCUUUGUUCUACAUUCUACAAUAUUUCUAUAAUAUUUAAUAUCAAAUAAUUAUCUAUACUAAUUCGCACCAGCGAAAUUACGAUUUCAAUAUGUUUAGCAUCAUGUUGAAUAAUAAAGGCACUAAGAUAUACUAAACAAUUAUAUUAAAUCAGAAACAUGUUAUUGUAACGUAAAACUUUCUUACGAUAUGUAAGAGAUAAAUAAAUAUAUGUUUAAUGAAAA